CACUCCUUUUCUGCCUGCUCUGACUUCCGCCGUCUUCGAUGUGCGACCACGCGCAUCUCGUCAUGCGUCGCUCAACCCGUCGGACUCUCAAUCACUUGAAGGUGAAUGGUCCGGAACCCGAUCGUCGAUGCGGACCCGGCUGGUUGGCGCUCGGGCGGUGAGACUCGAGCCCCACGUCGCCUCGUCUUGAUCGGCCAUCAACCAGCCAACUCCACCUCCCGUUCCUUUGUUCAACUACACAGGAGCGCAAAUCGUCUGCGCUGUCCGGCGAGAGACGACGCCGGUUUCACCUAUAACCAAGCCAAUUGAAACCAUUGCCCUGCACCUCCGUCAACAGAGAACGAAGCGGCCCGCGCGUCUCGACGUCUCACAGUCCUCCAUCGAUAUCGCCGGAACCGUCCCGGAGUUGUGCGACUAUGCCAGUGCGCUUGUCCGGAUUCCAGAUUGACCUUCGCCCCCCCCUGCACCUGGGAUGGCAGACGCCUUGAGUCCAGAUGGCGGCCCAGCGCAAGACGCCAUGGGGGCUAUCGAUACCACCGGCAGCCAGCCCGGCGAUCUCCGGUGCUGCUGUGGAAGGGAGGACUGCGUCUUUCUGAGACAUAACUGCUCCGUGCUGUCGAGCGUCGAGCGGGAUGUCCACACAGCGGCGCGAAUGGGGCAGACACUGCUUGCCCGCCAUGAAGCCUACAUGGCCUCCGCCGAACGCGAUCGACUCGAGCUCACUGCGCGCAUCGAGCAGCUGGAACAGGAGAACGCCGAACUCGAAGCCAAGAACAGGUCCAUCACGGACGAGAACCAGGGCCUACGCGAUGAGCUAGAACAGCUCAACGACAGUGUGAAGGAAGCAGAGACCAAGAUCGAGCUGCUCGAGGUCUCCCUGCGCGACUCGCAGAGGGAGGUGCGGAGGCUGGAGAUUGCGGCUGACAGGGCACUCAGCCUUGAGCGGCAAAUCGCUAUACUGGAAGAGGAGCAGGUCGUGCUGCGGACCACCAUCGCCCGCACAGAAGAGGAGGCUCGAACAACCAUGUACCGGUGGCGGCAGGCUGAAAAGGGCCUGAACGACCUGCAGGAGCAGCUUGAGCGCAUGGAGAAGGAGGCGAGGGAGGAGCGCGAGCGCCACGUCGAGGUCGUCAGCCGCAUGGAGCGCCAGCGCGCCAUGGAGAAGGAGCUUAACACGGCCGCGGGUAGGCUUAAGGGGGCCGCCGCCGUCAAGUCGUUAACAGACAGCAGGAACAGCGGCAACGUGGUGUCGCAUUUCGUUCGUGACCUUUUGCAGGACAACGCAAACCUCCAGCUGGGCAUGGCCGAGCUGCGCGAGAUGCUGCUCAACUCAAACGACGAGAUUCAGAUGCUGCGUGAGCAGCUGAUGUACCAUCAGCCCGCCGCCGGCUACGAGCCGAGCUCCCCAACUACGCUGCAGGCGGAGCUAGAAAAGAAGGAGCCGCCAACGCCGCCGCCGCGCGUAUCGCAAGAACUUCACAUCCACCACCAUUACCAUGUUACGCACAAGCCAGAGGCUAGGAAACCUAAGAGGCGGAGGCAAGGGCUCAACCCAGCGAUCUUCACCCCGCCCCGGUCGUCCGCGCCAGGCUCGCCGGUUAUUUCCCCUGCUCGCUGGCAGCGUGAUGCCCUGCCUGCACCUUUGUCAUCACCACUCGCGAACGACGGUGCCAUGGCCUGCGCCCGCUGGUCUCUCCAAUCGGAGAGCCAGCCUGAGUUCGCGCCGUCCUCCGCCCCCAGCUCUCCGCGGUCCGGAAACCGGGACUCGGUGUUCGACAGAGCCCCGAACAUGCCGACUCCUGCUUCACCCACGACGAGCGUAGACCCAACAUCGCCGCACUGGCACACAUCCCACAGGCCGAGGGUCUCUGAACUCUCGCUCAAGAGCAUCUCCGAGACCGCCAGGUUCGGAGCAGACACAGCAGCCAAGACGCCUGGACAUUCACAGCGACCACAUCCCUUGGCGCGCUUCCUUAUGAACGACCCUCUUUCCGCUGCCAUAACCUCACCGUAUACAACAGACGAUGUACCGAGCGUCACUUCACCGUCUCUGGUCGACUACACCAACUAUGAGAGCACUACAGUAUCCCCGACGUCCACGCAGUUCGACCCAACGGCAGAACAGUGCCCACGCGCUCUCCGACGCAUCGUCUCGCACGAGUCCAUCAUGUCCCUCUCCAACGGACUGGACGUCCACACGCUCAAGGCCAGGCCUAGCCAGCUAACGCUCAAACCACUAGGCCUCACCGCUGCCGGCACGAAUCUGAGUGAUGUAACGGCAAGACCCACUCUCUCGAGCGGAAGCCGGGAAGGCAAGCGCGGAAGCGUCAUCCUCCGGGACAGCAUCGCCCAGUCGCUGCCUGUGUCCAAAACGAGGCAGACUGGGCCGAGGAAAGUAUCGGCUCCUAUCCGGGGGAGAGGCAGGGAGAGGGAAGGAGGGCGCAGCUCGACAAGGGCGCCGUCGACGCUCGGCAAGCUGGUGUCAUGGCGGCCUUGGGGGGGGGCCAAUACUCACGGGACGGCCGGGGCGGCCACCUUGCCGGAAACGAGUCCCUCGUCGACGUCUGUGCCUGCGCCGUCCGCGUCUGCUACUCCGUCACGGGCGAUCCCGGAACUCUCACUCCCGGCUGGUGUGGGUGGCAGCUCGGCGGCGAGCACCAGCACGGGCAAGUCACCGCAGGAGAGUCUGCUAUCGACAGCGAUAUCUGCGAGUGUACCUACGACGGCAACUGCGAGUAUGAAUGCGGUCUUCCGUGCGCCGGGAAUUAACCAGCCGGGGCCAAUACCAGGGUUCCAGGAGUACUUCGCGGCGCAUAAGCGGAGGGCGCCGCCCAGCAAGGUGUCCGUUGGAGACGUCGCCGAAGUUCAGGAGGCCUUGAGGGAGGUACUCGAGGAGAGUUAACAGCGCCAAUCCUGCGUGGAUUCCAGUUGGGUAAGAAAGUCGACUUGGCCUUUUGCAUAGAUGGUAUUUUGGCUCGCUGCUUUGCGGAUUUUCAGAUUGCGACGGUUUGGCAUUGUUGUUUGAUUGCGGGGAAUAAGACGGAUGAGAUGAGCUCCCGGAGGGCUCGCUCCAGAUACCCUGCUAUAGGCACCAUUCCGGUUUAUUGGUCUCAGCGCUCGAACACAGGUGGGAUCGAUGCAGGCCUGACCUGCCCUGGAAGGGAACACUAACCUAGGUCGUACGAAGUACUGGUAGUAGUAAUGAACAUAAUAGCCAUC